AUGGGCUUGCCGCGGGAGUUCCGGGUGCGCAAGAUGGUGGCCCUGACGAGGCGUUACCACAAGGAUGACGACUCUCUGGCGGUCGCGCAGGUGCAGGAGGAGUGGAAGCACAGCAUCGACCCCGCUCAAGCCAUUGACCAGCACCCGCUGGCCAAGAGCACGCGCAUCAACAUCAAGUAUCGGCACUACCGGGAGAGCUUACACCCCAAGUCCCUGUCUCGGUGCAGCUGCGGGAUCCAGCUCGUUUUCCGGUGCGUGCAGCGGAAGAAGACCCGAGGCAGAUACAUGUGGAUGUGA